UGUUUACCGAGUACCGAGGCUAGUUGCUCUAACAUAGAGACCUCUCGUUCUUGUAUGAAAAACCUCAUUCUGGUAGUGCAGCCACCUCCAUUACGGAAGAGGAAGCCAAGACCAACCAGUCUAAAGGUGUAACUUAUUCUGUACCAUGCGUGACACCGGCAAGUCUGGAGGCAAGCCCGGCGCUGCCGGCAAGGGCCGCAAGAAGCGCGAGAAGGGCGCGGCCCGUAAGUUCGUGACGUCUCUGGAGGAGAUGACGCUGCGUGACGAGCAGGAGGAGCAGAAGCGUAAGGCCCGCGGUGACGACGACGACGAAAGCGACUCGGAGGACGAGAGCGACUCCGACGAGGAGGGAGAGGAGCUUGUGGCCUUUGAGCGCGUACAGACCAACUCGCUUUUCGGCUUUAGCAACAAAGCGGAUGGCCCUGCACUGCAACAGGAGAAGAAGAAGGUGGGCUUCGCUGCCAUCGCCAAGACGCAGAACCCUAAUGCCAAAAAGAAAGCCAAUAAGGUCAUGAAGGCCAAGGACAUGGACGGCAAUGCCGCUCCGCAACAGCUAAGUCGACGAGAGCGUGAAGCUAUUGAGAAGGAGCGCGCUACUGCUUAUUACAUGAAGAAGCACCUGGCUGGAGAGACGGAGGAGGCCAAGAAGGACCUGGCCAGGUUGGCGGAGGUUAAGCGUCGUCGCGAGGAGGCUGAACAGCGCAAGAAGGAGGAGGAAGCUGCUGCCGCUGAACGCGAGAAAGCCAAGAAGAAGGUGCAGGUGAAGGACGACGGUAAGCUGACUGUUAGGCUGUAUUGUCUGGAUAUGUAUGUUGAUUUUUUUUAUUUGUUGUUAGAUGAGCCUUUGGACGCGCGUGCAAUUAAGGCACUCAAGCCGGCGGUUCUGAAGGAGAAGCUUAAGGAGCGCGACUUGUCCACACAGGGUCAGAAGAAGGAACUCAUCCAGCGUCUCAUCGACUACGAGAAUGAGCGCGCUUUAUAGAGAGCUUUGUUGUGUUCUUGGUGUCGAUUAAUUCAACCACCGUGUCAACUCA